AUUCUAUAAAUCGAAGCGUUGGAAUUUGGAAUUGGAAGCAGGAAGAAGAAGAAGUCUGAAGAUCAAUCUCUCUCUCUCUCUCUCUCUCUCUCUCUCUCUCUCUCUGUGCACUGAAACGAAGAGUUCAUAAUGGCGAAUGUUGGAGGUAUUAAGGAAGUUUCUGGAAACCAGAACAGCGUCGAGAUUGACGAUCUUGCUCGUUUCGCAGUCGCCGAACACAACAAGAAAGAGAAUGCGCUUCUGGAAUUUGGAAAAGUGGUGAAUGUGAAGGAGCAGGUGGUUGCUGGAGCAAUAUAUUUCAUAACUCUUGAGGCAACUGACGGCGGUAAGAAGAAAGUUUAUGAAGCCAAGAUCUGGGUCAAGGCAUGGGAGAACUUUAAGCAGCUUCAGGAGUUCAAGCUUCUUGGGGAUGGCUCCGUGGGCUCCUCUGCUUAGCUUUCUCGGGUCCUAAAAUAACGAUGGAGGAAUGUAGAUACAGUUGAUGCUUGGAAUAUACAAUAAUGUCAAAGGUUAGUUUCAUUUGUGACAAAAAUGGAGCAAAAUCCUUUGCUUUCUGUGUUGUAUCUUGAAAUUAAUAUUUCUGUAAACUAUGGAGUAUGGAUAUUUAUUAUCGAUACUUGGUAGUGAUUAUAUGCCAACUUUGUGAAAUUAUAUGUAUAAAAAAAAAAAAAACUUUGUGAAAUUAUAUGCAUCUUCUGUCA